CAUUACCUAUUCAAUUGAAAGCAACUGAAAACAUGAUAAGUCCCAGAUUUGGAGGAUUCCCUGGAUUUGAGAUAGCGUAUUCAGAUCUGAUGGAGAAUAUUUCUGUCACUCUCAGUUCACAAUCUGGCACCAUCUUUCUUUCUCCUAUGCUAAUGCAGUUUCAGGAUUUAGCAUGGAGUGGACUUUCUGUUAACAAAGGUGGAAAAGAAGGGAAGGGUUUGACAUUAGUAGGUCUUGUUGAAGUAAUUAAUCAUGCCCUUAGUCAAUCCAAUAUCUUGGGUAUUAUGCAGUGCGCUACAUUGUCUUUGUCUAAAUUGAACACUAAUCUUAGUUUUAUGGGGUUUUUGUUAUUCUUGUCUUGGACAGUUGACUUGUCCUAUUAAGCCUCUUUA